ACACUUGCUAUGUCUUCCAUCAUCACUUAGUUGUUUCAUGCCAUCACUUUCCGCGUCGUAUUAUUAAUAUGGGACCGCUUUCAAACGUUACGGUGCAAAGAAACAGAAAGAAAAGAGUUGGAAACACCCCAAGACUUCAGCUUUGACCUCAAGCGGGUGUAGUUUUUGACAUCAUGUUGGUGACAGCCUAUCUUGCCAUAAUUUUCCUGCUUGCCCUGUGUGUUGGCCUGGAGCUCACAGCACGCCGUCUCACCCCGCCGCAGGCCACUCCUACAGCCGUAGCCAACCCUGCUUUCCGUCGCUUCCAGAGUAUAUUCCUCCGGGCAUACUUAUUAGCUUUGUGGGCAGACUGGCUCCAGGGUCCUUACCUCUAUAAACUUUACAGACACUACAGCUUCCUGGAAUCCCAAAUAGCCAUCUUAUACGUGUGUGGCCUGGCCGCCUGUGUUCUGUUUGCUCCUUUUUCAGGCUGGCUCCUGCAAGCAUUGGGCCGCAGACAGACGUGUCUUCUCUUCUGCCUGUCCUAUUCUGCUUGUUGUCUCACCAAGCUUUCCAGAGACUACUUUGUUUUGAUUGUGGGACGCAUCCUGGGGGGUCUGUCCACCUCACUGCUCGCCACAGCGUUUGAAGCCUGGUACGUGCACCGACAUGUAGACGUCCACGAUUUUCCCAAGGAGUGGAUCCCCAGCACCUUCACCAAAGCUGCUAACUGGAACCAUGGCCUCGCUGUGGGAGCAGGGUUGAUAGCUAACUUGCUGGCUGAGUGGCUUCACCUGGGACCAGUGGCUCCUUUUCUCCUGGCUGUCCCCUGCCUGGGCUGCUGUGGCUGGGUGGUGCUAACAGACUGGGGCAAGGAAGAAGCUGAAGGAGGUCCAGAGGGUGACAAACAGACACCGCUCCUUGGUACUCCAAAUGGAGGUGUGGCCCAUUUGUCUGCGAAAGUUAGGUUCUCACGCAGUUGCCAUGAGGGGUUGCGUUGCCUGCUGUCAGACAAGAGAGUCAUGCUAUUGGGCGGAGUUCAGGCUCUGUUUGAAAGUGUCCUUUACAUUUUUGUUUUCCUGUGGACCCCAGUACUCGACCCUCAUGGGCCUCCGUUAGGAAUAAUAUUCUCCUGCCUAAUGGCUGCCAGUAUGGUCGGCUCCUUGCUGUACCGCCUGGCCACCUCCACUCGCUACCGUCUACAGCCCGGCCACGUCCUCUGCCUUGCCGUGCUGAUGGCCUUCUUCUCUUUUUUCAUGCUAACCUUUUCCACUGCCCCAGGACAGCCUAGACCUCAUGAGUCCUUCCUGGCGUUCCUGCUGCUAGAGUUGGCCUGUGGUCUCUACUUCCCCGCAGUGAGCUUUCUGCAGGGCAGGGUGAUCCCAGAGGAAAAGCGGGCUGGUGUGCUGGCCUGGUUCCGUUUGCCUCUGCACCUGCUGGCCUGCCUCGGGCUGCUGGCGCUCCAUGGGGAGGUAUCGGGAACAGGCGGAGGGGAGGGCGGCGGCGGCACCAGACACAUGUUUGGAGGCUGCGCUGUCAUGAUGCUGGCAGCUCUGAUGGCUGUUGUGAGUCUUUUCACCCUGGGCAGAAACGACACAGACCUGAGACUGGAGGGAAGCAGAGGAGAGGGGGAAAUGUACUAAGGAGAUGGGCCGCAUAUUCAUUUAUGCUUGUCUGGUUUAAAUUAUAUUAUCUGUUUUGUCUGACUGGACAUCGAAACCUUGUGUUUUACUGAGGAAGUCUACGUUUUGCCAAAUGCAUCAGUGAAGAAAAUCAGCAGGGUGUUUUGGGAGAUUAAAAUCAACCUGAAUUUGUCUUUUUAUGUUUGCCUUGUUACUUUGUUGGUUGGUGAAAGACUUGUCACAGUCCUGUCUGUGCUGCCAUGGCCACAUCUACUCUCAUUUGUCAAGUAAAUUGCUGGAAACUGGGUCAGCUGUCUCCAAAUGUCCUGUAUCAUUCCAAUAAUUAUUCCAGAUAACAUGUUAUUGCUUCAUUGUGUCUGCCUGUAGGGAGGCAUGUUAUUUUGACAGGACGCAAUUAGUUUCAGAAUUCCCAUGAGGAUCAGUAAUGUUAAGCUUCAUCAAAUGUAAAAAUAAAUAAAUAAUGCAGUUCAGCAGGACUUUAGUUUACAUUUGAAUGAAUGAAUAUCCAAAGAAGUGAGGUCGUGGCAUGGAGACCAGUAACUGAAUGUCAGUUCUUUAGAUGCUUCUUCCACAAAAGGCUACUUUGAUUCUUUUAUGAAGGCAAUGUACGUUUUUAGCAUUUGUGUUGUUUUUAUUGAAAAGGGCAAUCUACAGUAGGUCAGCUUUACUUUGCUUUUUCUGCAUCAUCUACGAGAUACUGUGUCUAUAUUUUCUUAACAUGUCUCUGUUCUUUACACUUUUAAAUAAAAGAUCACACAUUGUCCACAAUGAAAA